CCCGAAGCAAACGACGCUCCUCGCCGCACUCUUCGGUCGUCUACGGACCUAGAGUGUUCGUUCUGUUCGUUGUACCGGUGUGGUCAGCGUGUAUCUUUUCGAUUUGAUCGACGUGUCGUCGGUGAGAAUCAGUGCGAUCAAGGAAGACAGGAUCAGAAUGUGGCUCGAUCCUCCAGGAGGAGGGUGUAACAUACCCACGUAUCUAACGACGAUGCUACUCUUGGCUGUUCUUGCAUUGACGAACGUGGCUUGCGCAGAGGAUGAAUCGAUGGGACCGGUAUUCGUCAAGGAACCACCAAAUCGAGUCGACUUCUCGAACGGAACCGGAGCUGUCGUCGAAUGCCAGGCAAGAGGAAACCCCCAACCGGAUAUCAUUUGGGUUCGUGCUGACGGAAGCGCUGUUGGGGAUGUUCCUGGACUGAGACAGGUCUUGCCGAACGGAAAUUUGGUCUUCCCCCCUUUCCGCGCCGAGGAUUAUCGUCAAGAGGUUCAUGCUCAGGUUUACAGCUGUCUGGCGCGCUCCCCAGCAGGUUCAGUUCACAGCCGAGAUGUUAACGUGAGAGCCGUGGUCGCCCAAUACUUCGAGGUUCAGGUUUACGAUCAGUUCGCGAUCCGCGGGAACGCGGCGAUUUUCAAGUGUCAGGUUCCAUCGUUCGUCGCCGACCACGUGGACGUAGUGGGAUGGAUCGAUUCGAACGGCGGCAGUUACGUGGCCGAUGGACAGUCGUACGUUGUCGGGCAGCGGUAUGCAGUGAACGUGAUGGACGAACACGUCCUUCGGGGGAACGCCGCAAUUAUCAAGUGUCACAUACCGAGCUUCGUCGCCGAAUUCGUCGAGGUUGACUCUUGGAUCGAAGACGAGACCACUGAAAUAUAUCCUAGCACCGAUUACGAUGGAAAAUACUUGGUACUGCCUUCCGGAGAGCUUCACAUCCGCGAUGUUGGACCCGAGGACGGAUACAAGACCUACCAAUGCCGCACCAAGCAUAGACUGACAGGAGAGACGAGGCUUUCGGCUACCAAGGGACGACUCGUCAUUACCGAGCCGGUAGCAGGCGCCAAGCCGAAAUUCCCGAUGACGGAGAAUUCGCGCACCCUCACCACUUACACGGUGUCACGCGACCAACCUCUCACCUUGCCCUGCCCAGCCCAGGCGUUCCCCGUUCCAGUCUUCAGAUGGUACAAGUUCAUCGAGGGCUCGUCCCGCCGCCAACCGGUCCAAUUGAACGAGCGCGUCCGCCAGGUUAGCGGGACACUGAUCAUCCGGGAGGCGCGUGUCGAGGAUUCGGGAAAGUAUCUUUGCAUCGUGAACAACUCGGUGGGCGGGGAGAGCGUGGAGACGGUGUUGACGGUGACGGCGCCGUUGGGUGCGGAGAUCGAGCCUAGCACGCAGACCAUCGACUUCGGCAGACCUGCUACCUUCACUUGCAACGUGAGAGGGAAUCCGAUCAAGACCGUCUCGUGGCUCAAGGAUGGGAAACCGCUUGGACUGGAGGAGGCUGUGCUGAGGAUCGAGAGCGUGAAGAAGGAGGACAAGGGGAUGUACCAGUGCUUCGUUAGAAACGAUCAGGAGAGCGCGCAGGCCACGGCGGAACUCAAACUCGGUGGACGAUUCGAACCCCCGCAGAUUCGCCAGGCAUUCGCCGAGGAGACGCUUCAACCGGGACCUAGCAUGUUCCUGAAAUGCGUGGCUAGCGGUAAUCCGACCCCCGAGAUCACCUGGGAACUCGACGGCAAACGUUUGUCCAACACGGAACGGCUUCAGGUUGGCCAAUACGUGACGGUGAACGGCGACGUGGUCUCCCAUCUCAACAUAUCCAGCACUCACACGAACGACGGUGGAUUGUACAAAUGUAUCGCAGCUUCCAAGGUCGGAUCGGCGGAACACUCGGCGCGUCUCAACGUCUACGGUCUCCCAUUCAUUCGCCACAUGGACAAGAAGGCUAUAGUUGCCGGUGAAACUCUUCGCGUCACUUGCCCGGUUGCCGGAUACCCGAUCGAGAGCAUCGUGUGGGAGAGGGACACGAGGGUGUUGCCGAUCAACAGGAAACAAAAAGUCUUCCCGAACGGUACCCUCAUCAUCGAGAACGUGGAGAGGAUGAGCGACCAGGCUACCUACACGUGCGUCGCGAGAAACGCUCAAGGUUACAGCGCUAGGGGAACGUUGGAGGUUCAAGUGAUGGUGGGGCCCCAACUGGCCCCGUUCACGUUCGGCGACGAGGCGGCGAACGCGGGGGAGAUGGCCACCGUUCAGUGUGCCGUGAUCAAGGGCGAUCUGCCUGUGAGGAUCGCCUGGUCGCUGAACGGCAGGCGUGUCGAGGCGGGGCGCGAGCACGAAAUUCCCGACAUCGUGGUGACAAGGAGCAGCAAACGGAUCAGCACGCUCACCAUAGACUCGGUUGCCGCGAGACACGCGGGCGAGUACUCGUGCACAGCGACCAACGAGGCCGGAUCCGCGACGCACGUCUCGGUCCUCUCGGUGAACGUACCACCCCGCUGGAUCCUGGAACCCACCGACAAGGCAUUCGCUCAAGGCUCCGACGCUCGCGUCGAGUGCAAAGCCGACGGCUUCCCCAAGCCCCAGGUCACGUGGAAGAAAGCCGCUGGGGAUACGCCGGGCGAUUACACCGACUUGAAAUUGAGCAACCCGGACAUUAGCGUGGAGGAUGGCACCCUGUCGAUCAACAACAUUCAAAAGACAAACGAAGGUUACUACCUCUGCGAGGCUGUGAAUGGAAUCGGCGCAGGACUCUCGGCUGUCAUCUUCAUCUCGGUUCAAGCUCCGCCCCAUUUCGAGAUCAAACUGAAGAACCAGACGGCGCGACGAGGAGAACCGGCCGUGUUGCAGUGCGAGGCCCAAGGCGAGAAACCGAUCGGCAUCCUGUGGAACAUGAACAACAAGAGGCUGGACCCGAAGAGCGAUUCCCGUUACACGAUCCGGGAGGAAAUAUUGGCGAACGGCGUGCUGUCCGACCUGAGCAUCAAGAGAACCGAAAGAAGCGACUCUGCCCUCUUCACCUGCGUAGCGACCAACGCUUUCGGAAGCGACGACACGAGUAUCAACAUGAUCGUCCAAGAGGUACCCGAGGUUCCGUACGGUUUGAAGGUGUUGGACAAGUCUGGACGCUCGGUCCAACUUUCCUGGGCGGCGCCGUACGACGGCAACAGCCCGAUCAAGCGCUACGUGAUCGAGUACAAGAUAAGCAAAGGCUCGUGGGAGACCGACAUCGACAGAGUUCUGGUUCCUGGAUCCCAACAGAAUGUGGCUGGAGUGUUCAAUCUCAGGCCUGCCACCACCUAUCACCUCAGAAUCGUGGCCGAGAACGAAAUAGGCGCGUCCGACCCGUCCGACACUGUCACCAUAAUCACUGCCGAGGAGGCGCCCAGCGGACCCCCAACCUCCAUCCGCGUCGACGAUCUCGACCAGCACACUCUCAAGGUAACGUGGAAACCGCCCCCUCGCGAGGAUUGGAACGGCGAGAUUCUUGGAUACUACGUUGGCUACAGGCUCUCCUCGUCCGAGAAACCGUACAUGUUCGAAACCGUGGACUUCUCGAAGGAGGACGGAAAGGAGCACCAUCUGCAGAUCAUGAACCUGAAGACGUACACCCAGUACAGCGUGGUCGUUCAAGCGUUCAACAAAGUGGGAUCCGGGCCGAUGAGCGAGGAGCGGAGACAGCACACAGCCGAAGGCGUACCCGAGCAACCCCCUCACGACACCACUUGCACCACCUUGACCUCCCAGACCAUCAGAAUCUCCUGGAUGUCGCCCCCUCUUAGCGCCGCGAACGGAGUCAUCACCGGAUACAAGGUCAUCUACGGACCCUCCGACACCUGGUACGACGAGAACACCAAGGACACCAAGAUCACCUCCUCGAGCGAGACCAUUUUGCACGGAUUGAAAAAGUACACGAACUACAGCAUGCAAGUCUUGGCUUUCACUUCUGGCGGCGACGGUGUCAAGUCAGCGCCUAUUCACUGCCAAACCGAGCAGGAUGCCCCCGAAGCGCCUAUCGCGAUCAAGGCUCUCGUCAUGUCGUCCGAAUCGAUCCUGGUUUCCUGGAGGCCACCCAGCCAACCGAACGGCGUAAUCACCCAAUACACCGUGUACACGAAAGCUGACAACGCGGAGGAACCGACCAGUCAGAAGGUGCCACCCAACCAACUCACCCACGAGGCAUCCGAAUUGGACAAGACGCGCAGAUACGACUUCUGGGUGACAGCGAGCACGAACAUCGGCGAGGGAGAGGCUUCCAAGAUCGUUGCACUUGCGCCCAGCGUUCGAGUACCGGCGAAGAUCGCUUCGUUCGACGACAAAUUCACGGCUACCUACAAGGAGGACGUCAAGUUACCGUGCCUGGCCGUCGGUGUACCCGCGCCCGAGGUUACGUGGAAAGUGCGUGGCGCCGUUCUCCAAUCCAGCGACAGGCUGCGACAAUUGCCCGAGGGAUCUCUGUUCAUCAAGGAAGUGGACCGCACCGACGCCGGCGAAUACUCUUGCUACGUUGAGAACACGUUCGGCCACGACACCGUCACCCACCAAUUGAUCGUGCACGCUCCCCCCCACUCGCCCCAAAUCACCCUUACCGCGACCACCACCAACUCGUUGACGAUGAAGGUGCGCCCUCACCCGACCGACAACGCCCCCAUCCACGGAUACACGAUCCACUACAAACCGGAAUUCGGCGACUGGGACACGGCGCAGAUCAGCUCAACCGUGCAGAAGUACACUUUGGAGAAUCUGCUUUGCGGCUCGAGAUACCAGAUCUACGUGACGGCGUACAACGGAAUCGGAACCGGCGAUCCAUCCGACAUGCUCAACACCCGCACCAAAGGCUCGAAACCGAUCAUCCCCGAGGCGGCCAGGUUCAUCGAGGUGGCGACGAACAGCAUCACUCUGCACUUGAACGCUUGGUCGGACGGCGGCUGCCCCAUGAUCUACUUCGUGGUCGAGCACAAGAAGAAGAACCAACAGGAAUGGAACCAGGUGUCGAACAACGUUAAACCGGGCGGCAACUUCGUAGUUUUGGACUUGGUCCCUGCCACGUGGUACCACUUGCGCGUCACCGCCCACAAUAACGCCGGAUUCGCGGUUGCCGAGUACGAAUUCGCAACGCUGACCGUAACCGGAGGUACGAUCGCGCCCCCCGUGCGGAACGGCGAUAACGACAGCACGGACGUGAGGCGUUAUUUCCCUUGGUUGCCCGGCUGGCUGGACGUGAACGUGGUUGUACCGGUCGGAGCAACGAUCGUCGUCAUUAUUGUAGGGAUAGUGGUGAUUUGCGUCGCAUUGUCUAGGAGAACUCGGGGCCCGGAGCAAACGCGGCUGCGAGGUAUCUCAUCAGCCGACGAGAAAUAUUACGAGGGACAAUACGACGUGGUUUACCAACAAACCGGGGUAGGCGGAGCGACCCUCGACAAGCGAAGGCCAGAUCUGCGCGACGAGCUUGGAUACAUCGCCCCGCCCAACCGUAAAUUGCCCCCCGUUCCCGGAUCCAAUUAUAACACCUGCGAUCGCAUCAAGCGAGGUACAGUGAUAAGUGGGACAGGGUCGAUAAGAAGCCACUCGACGUGGGAUCCAAGACGACAUAUGUACGAAGAAUUGAAUCAUUGCGCGCCGAACCGAAGAUGUCCACCGCCACCUCGCAUGGGCAGUGCCGAGGGUCUAUCCCACAGAGGCAUGGAAGACGAGAUCUGCCCCUACGCCACCUUCCACCUUCUUGGAUUCCGCGAGGAGAUGGACCCCAGCAAGGCGAUGCAAUUCCAGACCUUCCCGCACCCAGGCAACGGACACUCUGGCACCAUGGGACCGCCCGUUGGACACCCUACGAACGCCUCCGCCCACAGCCGCUCCGGAUCUCAAUCCAUGCCGCGUCAAAACGGUCGCUACUCCCGAGUACCGUCCCAAGGAGGCGGCAGCGGAACCCACAACGUCUUCUCCCCCGAAUACGACGACCCGGCCAACUGCGCGCCCGAGGAGGAUCAAUACGGCUCCCAAUACGGACAGUACGGCGCCCCGUACGACCACUACGGAUCCCGCGGCUCGGUUGGACGCCGUAGCGUGGGCUCGGCCCGCAACAUCCCCGUCUCUGGCUCACCGGAACCGCCCCCACCCCCGCCAAGGAACCACGACCAGAACAACUCGAGUUUCAACGACAGCAAGGAGAGCAACGAGAUCAGCGAGGCGGAGUGCGAUCGCGACCAACUUGUGAACCGCAACUACGGCGUGAAUGCUCGCGGCAAGGACGGCAUGACCACCGAGGAGAUGCGUAAACUCAUAGAGAGGAAGCCAAACGAAGCCCCCAGCCGGCAAACCGGCUCCGGCCACGGCGGUCACGGGGGACUCCUCACACCCUACGAUACUGUGGCAGUGUAACCUGUAAAUCAUCCUCCGUGGUCUUCCGUCUCUCCCUCUCUCUCUCUCUCUCUCUUUCUUUCUCAUUCUCUAUCUCUCUAUCUCUCUCUCUCUCCCCCCGUCACCAGCGGCCGAAGAACUGGAGAAGAAGAAGCGGACAAUGGUGCGCAACGCUCUUCCCCCCCCACGGGGCUGUCGUCGAAUUUGUCCAAAAUUGCAACGAUUUCUUCUACCAAGAAGUGACAACAACCAUAAUCAUCGAUCGCCAGUCGAUAGAUCCACGAAUAGAUAGAUAGUUUAGACGGAGUUUCGCGGCGGCCAAUAAGUAAUUAAAGUCACAGCGCUCGUCGAGACGUGUUUUCGCAUUUCGAGAGAUCGAUCGAAUCGAUUGAUGUUAAAGGAAACCGGCGACGGAUAUUUUUGCCUCCCGAAGGGACGGAUCCCAUUCCACUUCGUCUUCGACCAUUCUUUCCUUCCUUCCAAUUGUUUCUUGGCCUUUUUCUACUUAUAGAUCUCGCGCCUUUUCUCUAUAAAUAUAUAUACAUAUAUAUAUAUAUACACUCACUCGUUCUUGCUCAAUUGUCCAUUUUGAUAUUGGAAGGCCAGAUUUAAAGAAACUGCCAAAAUUGAAUCGAACUGCCGAUCCAGGCGAAUGGAUGAUCGCUGAUCUUGAGGGGGCAACAUACCGUUCGUCGUCGUUUUCCAAAACUGCGUUAAUUCUCUCCUGAACGAGUGUCCUGUCGCGAAAAAAAGAAAGGAAGCAAGAAGGAAGAAAGAGAAACGAACAUACCCGGCGUGUUCGUAUUCGAAAAAAACGCUCUCGGCUGGUAGAAUCCGCGGCCCGCGACGCGUGCUCUCGGCGACGGUGCGUUUCCACGAGGGGAGGGGAAGGAGGGGAAGGAAGGAAGGAAGGAGGGAGGGAGGGGAUUGUUUGGCGGGACGUCCUAGGUUACGAAUUGUCGCUUCCAAGCGCCCCCUCUCCCCCCACCCACCCACGAGUCACGGGAAGUACACACGAGAUAUACAUUAGUUACUCGCUUUUUAAGUCAUGGUUGUGCCACACUGCCGCUCCCCGCAGGCAUAUGAUAUUAUACAUAUACAUACAUACAUACAUACAUACAUACAUACAUAUAUAUGAUAAUAUUAUUAUACAUAUAUAUACGAUUUAUAAUUUUUCGUAACGAAGGUUGUGUCCCUGUCUUUUGGUGAUUGACGAUCUUUUUUUGAGUCUCGACGUCGCGGAGAGCAAGUUCUAGAUUUGCACUGUUUUUGCGACAGUGUCGCAGAGAGUGCGUCGUCGUCGUCGUAGCAAUAGUUAAGGAGACCAGGUCGCAUCCGAUGCCGUGGUGGCGUCCAAUCGAUAAUUUCUUCCGCCGCGCGUAUCACGCGAUGAGUGAAAAAAAAAAAAAAAAAAAAGGAAAAAAAAGAGAAAAAAAAGAGAAAAAAA